GUAUUUCCGGUGUGACCCGGAUGCACAACAGCGUCUGACGACCACUGCGAUGCUAACCGAGUGAGUCCGACUGUUGUUGCUGUAACGGUUAACAUUCACGGCUACGAUCCGUUGACCGGAGGACGGAGACACCGGACGGCGGGAGGAGAACGCGCACCGAGACACGACAUGAAGACGGGCGGGACUUUGUUUGCGUUAGCAGCCGUUAGCAGCCGUUAGCCUGCCAAAGCACACACACUGUCAUUACUCUUAACAACAACAACAACAACAACAACCACAACAGAGGUCCUGUCAACUGCUGCCGUCUGGUGUGGAGGCGUAAUGGGGAACCAGCUGGCGGGCAUUGCCCCCUCUCAGAUCCUGUCUGUGGACAGCUACUUCUCAGACAUCCACGACCACGAGUAUGACAAGAGCUUGGGCAGCACCCGCUUCUUCAAGGUGGCCCGUGCCAAACACCGCGAGGGCCUCGUCGUGGUCAAGGUGUUCGCCAUCCAGGACCCCUCGCUGCCCCUGACCAGCUACAAGCAGGAGCUGGAGGAGCUAAAGAUCCGGCUGCACUCCUGCCAGAACUGCCUGCCCUUCCAGAAGACCUCGCUGACGGAGAAGGCGGCCAUCUUGUUCCGCCAGUACGUGCGGGACAACUUGUACGACCGCAUCAGCACUCGGCCCUUCCUCAACAACGUGGAGAAGCGCUGGCUGGCCUUCCAGAUCCUCAACGCUGUGGACCAGGCGCACAAGGCUGGUGUCCGCCACGGCGACAUCAAGACGGAGAAUGUGAUGGUCACCAGCUGGAAUUGGGUGCUGCUCACUGACUUCGCCAGCUUCAAGCCCACCUUUCUGCCCGAAGACAAUCCUGCCGACUUCAACUACUUCUUCGAUACGUCCCGGCGCAGGACGUGCUACAUUGCCCCCGAGAGGUUUGUGGACGGGAGCAUGUUCACUGCCGAGAACGACCAGAACACACCGCUGGUGGACCUGACCAAUAACAACCAGAGGAGCCGAGGGGAGCUGAGAGCUGCAAUGGACAUCUUCUCUGCAGGCUGCGUGAUAGCUGAGCUCUUCACUGAGGGCGUUCCUCUCUUCGAUCUGUCGCAGCUGCUGGCCUAUCGUAAAGGACACUUUCUGACAGAGCAGGUCCUCCUGAAGAUCGAAGACCUGAGCGUCCGAGAGCUGGUGGCUCAGAUGGUGCAGAGGGAACCAGAGAAGCGUCUGACAGCUGAAGAGUACCUGAGGCAGCAGAGAGGGAAAGCCUUCCCUGACAUCUUCUACACCUUCCUGCAGCCAUACAUGGCUCAGUUUGCUAAAGAGACCUUCCAGUCCGCAGACGAGCGGGUGCUCGUGAUCCGCAAAGACCUGGACAACAUCCUGCUCAACCUGCGAGGAGGCUCCUCCUCCUCUCUGGAUGGUAGCCAUGGGGCGCCGAGCUCCAGGGAGGAACAGGGCCUCAUGGUCCUAGUGUCCGUCAUCACCUCCUGCCUGCAGACGCUGCACUCCUGCGACUCCAAGCUGGCGGCGUUGGAGCUGGUCCUGCACCUGGCGCCGCGACUGGCCGUGGAUGUCCUGCUGGACCGCAUCACACCUUUCCUGCUGCACUUUUGCAAUGACCCGGUGCCCCGCAUGCGCGCUCAGGCCGUGAGAACACUGACCAAAGUACUGGCGCUGAUCAAGGAGGUACCGAGGAACGACGUGAACAUCUACCCAGAGUACAUCCUGCCGGGCAUUGCCCACCUCGCACAGGACGACGCCACCAUCGUCAGGCUGGCCUAUGCAGAGAACAUCGCCCAUCUGGCGGAGUGUGCGCUGCGUUUCCUGGAGUUGGUUCAGGAGAACAAUGUGAACACAGAGCAGCAGGACCUGAUCGGAGAGGACGUGGAGGAGAUCCUCCACCCAAACGAGAACUACGACUCAGAGCUGCAGGCUCUGCACGAGAUGGUGCAGCAGAAGGUGGUGACGCUGCUGAGCGACUCGGAGAACAUAGUCAAACAGUCGCUGAUGGAGAACGGAAUCACCAGACUCUGCGUCUUCUUCGGCCGGCAGAAAGCCAACGACGUGCUUCUGUCUCACAUGAUCACCUUCCUCAACGACAAGAACGACUGGCACCUACGGGGGGCCUUUUUCGACAGCAUCGUGGGUGUAGCUGCUUACGUGGGCUGGCAGAGCUCCUCCAUCCUGAAGCCCCUCCUCCAGCAGGGUUUGAGUGACACCGAGGAGUUUGUCAUCUACAAAGCUCUGAACUCUCUCACCUGUAUGUGUCAGCUGGGUCUUCUGCAGAAACCUCAUAUCUACGAGUUUGUCAGUGACAUCGCUCCGUUCUUGUGUCACCCCAACCUGUGGAUCCGAUACGGGGCGGUGGGCUUCAUCACCGUCAUCGCUCAGCACCUCAACGUGGCCGACGUCUACUGCAAGCUGAUGCCCCACCUCAACGCCUUCAUCACCCAGCCCAUCAUCCAGAUUGACAAGGAGCUGGUCCUGCUCAGCGUGCUGAAGGAGCCGGUGAGUCGCUCCAUCUUUGACUACGCCCUUCGCUCUAAAGACAUCUCCAGUCUCUUCCGUCAUCUGUUGCUGAGGCAGAAGAAGCGCAUGGGAUCAAUCCCAGAAUGCUUCACUCCCGAUGACCCAGCCAUUGCUCAGCUACUGAAGAAGCUGCUCUCACAGGGCAUGACGGAGGCAGAGGAGGACCAGCUGCUGGCCCUCAAAGACUUCAUGCUGAAGUCCAACAAGGCCAAAGCCACCAUGGGGGAGCAGGGUCACCUGGGGGGGGAGGCUCACAGUGGGUUUAUUGACCUGGCAACACUCGGCAUCACCGGGCGCCAAGUGGACCUCGUGAAGGCCAAGGUGGAGCUGGAGGACAAGAGGGCGAGGAAGCACACCAAGCAGGACUCCACCAUGAAUGAGGAGUGGAAGAGCAUGUUCGGGUCUCAGGAACCGCCCUCCACGGCGGCUGAAGGGCCGGCGGGUCAGAACCUGAGAAGCGCCUCAGUGCCAGCUGUUCCCGUCCUGCAGUCUGUGGCGAGCGGCCCCGCUUACCACCGACGCAUCAACACCUGCAAGGUGGAGCUGCAGCAGCUGGUGCAGCAGAAGAGGGAGCAGUGUAGCGCAGAGAGGAUGGCCAAGCAGAUGAUGGAGAGUGCAGAGUGGGAGAGUCGCCCUCCUCCACCAGGGUGGCACCCCAAAGGACUGCUGGUUGCUCACCUCCACGAGCACAAAGCGUCUGUGAACCGCAUCAGAGUCUCAGACGAACACUCUAUCUUCGCCACGGCCUCCAAUGACGGAACUGUUAAGGUCUGGGACAGUCAGAAGAUGGAGGGAAAGACCACCACCACCAGGUCGGUCUUGACCUAUUCCCGUAUCGGGGGUCACGUGAAGACCUUGACCUUCUGUCAGGGGUCACAUUAUCUGGCGGUGGCUUCAGACAACGGAUCCAUCCAGCUGCUGGCAGUGGAAGCAAACAAACCGCCCAAGUCUCCCAAAGUUCAGCCCUUCCAGACAAGGUUACUUGACCCGCAGGAAGACGGCUGUGCGGUGGACAUCCACCACUUCAACUCUGGCGCCCAGUCGGUGCUGGCCUACGCCACCGUCAACGGCUCGCUGGUCGGCUGGGACCUUCGCUCCAACUCCAACGCCUGGACGCUGAGGCACGACCUCCGCCUGGGACUCAUUACCUCCUUCAGCGUGGACAUGCACCAGUGCUGGCUCUGCCUAGGUACCAGCAGUGGCACUAUGGCAUGCUGGGAUAUGCGGUUUCAGCUCCCCAUCUCAAACCACUCCCACCCUGCACGUGCACGAAUCAGACGACUGCUGAUGCAUCCACUCUACCAAUCAUCCAUCAUCGCAGCUGUCCAGGGGAAUAAUGAAGUGUCCAUGUGGGACAUGGAAACCGGAGAUCGUAAAUUCACCCUGUGGGCGAGUUCUGCGCCCCCACUCUCCGAGAUGCAGCCGUCCCCUCACAGCGUUCAUGGGAUCUAUUGUAGUCCUGCUGAUGGGAACCCCCUGCUGCUGACUGCCGGGUCGGACAUGAGGAUCAGGUUCUGGGAUUUGGCCUAUCCUGAGAGGUCUUACAUCGUGGUCGGAGGAGCCAACGACUCGCUGCACUGUCCUUCGGUCCUCUACAGCAGGAAGAUCAUUGAAGGCACUGAAGUUGUCCAGGAGAUCCACAGCAAACAGAAGAGCGGCGCAGUGGAGGACUCGCCCCGCCGCGGCCCAGAAUCCCUCCCUGUGGGCCACCAUGACAUCAUCACUGAUAUCGCCACCUUCCAGACCACGCAGGGCUUCAUCGUCACCUCUUCCAGGGACGGAAUCGUUAAGGUGUGGAAGUGACGACCCCCCACCUCACACAUGGGUCACGGGUAGCUUCCUGUCAAAGGUCACAGGUCACACAGUGUCAGUGACUUUCCGUUCAUUUCAGGCCACAGAUGAAAUAUUCACAAUAAGUUUAGUCGUUUUUAAUAAAGUCUGAUGUCUUA